GCAGAUGGAAGAGCUGCCCAACAGACUGUGGGAGGUUUCACCAGAUUCCCAAAAGCUUCUGUUUCUGUGAUUAAUGAAGAAACAGGAGAAAACUCAGAAGUAAAGACUUGGUCAAAUCUGAACUGAAAACAACAGAAGAGCAUCGAAUCAGCAGCUCAGCUAAACUGAUGAACACUUACUGAUGUAGCGGAUCUAAGAAGACUACAAACAAUGAAUAACCAAGAUCCAAAUAUUCAGACGAACCCAGUACAAGUAAAAAGACACCAUAGUUGUAUGGGAAUGAAUAAUGAAGCCAGUAAUGGUGGUGAUGGUUAUGACCAAUGGCAGAAACCUUUGUCAGAUUCUGAAUCUGAAACUGAAAGCAGUGACAGUAACUGUGGGCGGGAAAAGGCCUGUGUUUCAGGAUUAAAUCAUCACGUGGGAUGCUCAGUGUGUGGUAAAUCUUUUAGCAGGAACUAUAUGCAUAUACACAUGAGAAUCCACACAGGAGAGGAACUGUUUAGCUGUGACAUCUGUAGAAAAAAAUUCCUUGAAAACAGACAUCUUCAAAGACACAUGAGAACCCACACAGGAGAAAAACCAUUUGAGUGUGAUGGUUCUGGAAAGAAAUUCAAUGAAAACACAGUUCUUAAAAGAAACAUGAGAACCCACACAGGAGAAAAGCCAUUUGAGUGUGAUGUUUGUAGAAAAAGAUUUUAUACUAAGUUUCUUCUUAACAGGCACAUGACCGUUCACACUGUAGAGCAACCGUUCAGCUGUGGUGUUUGUAGGAGAAGAUUCUCUUGCAAAUCCGGCCUUAUCAGACACCUGAGAAUUCACACUGGAGAAAGACCAUUUAGCUGUGAUAUUUGCAAGAAAAGCUUUAACCAGAAGUCAGCUUUAACAACACACAUGAGAAUCCACACAGGAGAGCAACCAUUUGAGUGUGAUGUUUGUAGAAAAAGAUUUUACUCUAAACAAAAUCUUAACAGUCACUUGAGAAUCCACACCGGAGAGAAACCGUUCAGCUGCGAUGUUUGCAAGAAAAGAUUCUCUGGCAAGACAGAACAUGAAAGACACCUGAGAAUUCACACUGGAGAAAGACCAUUUAGCUGCGAUGUUUGCAAGAAAAGAUUCUCUGGCAAGACAGAACAUGAAAGACACCUGAGAAUUCACACUGGAGAAAGACCAUUUAGCUGUGAUGUUUGCAAGAAAAGCUUUAGCCAGAAGUCAACUUUAAAAACGCACAUGAGAAUCCACACCGGAGAGAAACCAUUCAGCUGCAAUGUUUGUAGGAGAAGAUUCUCUGGCAAAACAGGCCUUAAUAGACACCUGAGAAUUCACACUGGUGAAAGACUAUUUAGCUGUGAUAUUUGCAAGAAAAGCUUUAGUCAGGACUCUACUUUAAAAAAGCACAUGAGAAUCCACACCGGAGAGAAACCGUUCAGCUGUGAUGUUUGAUGAAAAAGGUUGAGGUGUGACUCAAAUGUAAAUUAAAAUCUUUAAAACUCCACGAGGAAGAGAAAGGAUUUGGCUGUGAUAAAUGUAGGAAAAGCUGUUUGAAAGUUUAGAAACAAGAACUCGUCAGACUAGUGGUGUACAUUGCAAAGAUGAAUUGGUGGUUAAUUGGAUAGCAGUCUUGCUGUUUAGCUUCAAAGGGACGGAUAUGGAUUUAAUUUUUGAAAUAAUAAAAAUGGUAUUUUUACGUUUUGACUAAAAUGAGUAUCGUGAAAAAUUGUUUAGUUAUUUGUAUGUUUUCAGAUGAAAAACAUGAUUGUAACAAUGUGAGUGAAUUUGUGCUAUUUGAGUGUUAAAAUGCAGCUUUUCACUACUAUAAAGUUAAUUAAGUUCCUGUGUAUAAAUGCCUCCAUGAUGUCUUCCUCCAUCUGCUGAGCAGUCUGGACCACCAUGGCUUAUCACAGAGUGCAAAAUAGAUGGAUGUAUCCACUGGGAGAGACUGUUGAGGUGAUUUUGAUUUUUUUUUUUAGGUUUAUCCACAAAUGAUUGGGUGAUGGUUCCAAAAAUGUAUUGAUUCAGUAGACUUCCAUUUUAAAAACCUAAAAUUUUGGCUUUUAAUAAUUUAGUUUUUCAGGAAGUCAUUUAGUCUCAUUAAGAAGAUACUGUCGUUGUUAUCUGCAUAUAUCAAUUCAUAAAAUGUGCAAUAGUCUUUGUCAUAUGUCUUUGCCUUUACUCUGGCACAACAAUUUCCUUCAGGAUUUAAUAAAGUUUUUCGUAUUC